CUUUUCACUGCAACUGAGCUGAACUCACACCUGCCAACAUGUCCUACGGCUGCUCCUCUGGAAACUUCUCCUCCCGCUCCUGUGGGGGCUACCUGCAACUCCCAGCCUCCUCCUGUGGCUCUUCCUACCCCAGCAACCUGGUCUGCGGUGCUGAUCUCCAGUCUUCCACCAACUACCAGCUGGGCUCCUCGCUCUACAGUGGCUGUCAGGAGACCUUCUGUGAGCCCACCAGCUGCCAGAGGUCCUGUGUGCUGUCCAGGCCCUGCCAGACGUCCUGCUACCGCCCCAGGCCCUCUGCGUUCUGCAGUCCCUGCCAGGGGACUUACUCUGGAUCUCUGGGCUUUGGGUCCAGCAGCUGCCACUCCAUGGGGUAUGGGUCGAGGAGCUGCUACUCCUCAGGCUGUGGCUUCAGUGGCUUCAGACCCCUGAGUUACGGAGUCCGUGCCUUCCCUUCCUUUGGUUAUGGAUCUGGGUUCUGUCACCCAUCUUACUUAUCUUCUAGAACCUUCCAGUCUUCUUGUUACAGACCUACCUGUGGCUUUGGAUCUCGCUUCUUUUGAACACUUUAGUAAAUUUGUAAGCUUGUUGACUAAUGUCAUCAGUGCCUUUGAUUCUAUUCUUUUUGUCUUCAGUACCUACAUUAUGAAUUGCCACCUAAUGGUUCUUUAAUUUUCAACUUCUCAUCUUGUGUCUGAUUCCAAAUAUUGGCCAAACAAGUUCAUUUAAAACCUGUAAUUACGAUAUUAAUUCAAAAUAAAACUUGAGACUUCAUUGGAGAUGGAA